AUCUCAGAGCACCGGCCCGGCGCGGGUUAACCACUUCUGGCUUGCGUACUCCCUCCGCUUCAUGCCGAUUAUCAGUUAUACCUACCGUGACAACAUCUUUCUGGUCCUCUGUCCCAGUCCGCGCGGUACUGUGAAUAAAAGCUUGCAUGUUGUGAAAGCGGAACGAAAAUGAUGGGGGAAAUUUGGUAGCAAAUUCUCUUCAAACAUGGCGGCGUCCAGUGGAGCAGUGUCUGAGUCUGGUGCGAUACCGAAAUGGCAAAUUGCGCUAGCAGUAGGAACGCCAGUGGUACUUGGAGUUGGUUAUUAUUUGUAUAAGUCAUCCAAGACCGAGGAUAAAGGCAAAAAAUCCUCUGAAAAGAAAGAUCUAGUGGAGAAAACGGCAUCCAGUGAAAGCGCCGCUAAUGCCGCAACACCGCCAGAUCCAGUCCCAGAGACACCACUUGACAAAGCUCGUGCAUCAAAGAAUAAGGGAAACAAGUACUUCAAGGCGCAGAAAUACAAUGAGGCAAUCAAAUGCUAUGACUCAGCUAUUGAGCUGUGUCCACCAGACCAGGCCCAGGACCUGUCUACCUUCCACCAGAACCGCGCUGCUGCCCAUGAACAGCUGGGUAACCACGCGGCGUCCCGCCACGACUGUGACCGCGCGCUGCAGCUGGCGCCGCGCUACGCCAAGGCGCUGCACCGUCGCGCCAAGGCGUGCGAGGCGCUGGGCGAGCUGUCACAGGCGCUGCGGGAUGUGACGGCCGUCUGUAUCCUGGAGGGCUUCCAGAACCAGGCCACCCUGAUGAUGGCCGACCGCGUGCUCAAGGAGCUCGGUAAGAGGCACGCCAAGGAGGCGCUGCAGAACCGUCAGCCGGUGAUGCCGUCCAAACACUUUGUGCAGACGUUCCUCUCGUCAUUCGCCGAGGAUCCACUGUCCGACUGCUGGAGGAAGGAGGACACCAGCGCUCCGACCGCCGACGACGCCGACCUCAGGGGCUGGGCGCGCGCGUGCCGGGCCAUCCAGACGAGCAGCUACGAGGAUGUGGUGCCGGCCUGCUCUGAGGAGAUCGAGUCUGCCGGCCCACGCCGCCUGGAGGCCACUCUGCUGCGCGGCACUCUGCACCAGCUGACCGGCCAGAACCGGGCCGCCCGAGACGACUACACGGUCGUCAUCGAGGACAACGCCUCAUCGUCCAAGCUCCGUGUGAACGCGCUCAUCAAGCGGGGCUCGAUCCACCUCCAGCUGGACGCCCCCGAGGCCAGCGUGGCCGACUUCAAGAAGGCCAUCGACAUCGACGAGAAGAACUCGGACAUCUAUCAUCACCGCGGACAGAUCAACCUGCUGAUGGAGAUGACGGACCAGGCCAUGGCAGACUUCGAGACGGCCGUGAAGCUGAAGCCGGACUUCCCGAUCGCUUGCGUGCAGAAGACGUACACCGACUACCGACACGCCUGUGCCACCGAGAAUCGUGCCAAAAUUGCCAAAGUGAACGAAGAGUUCAAGUCUCUGAUAUCUCGCUUCCCCAACUGCUCGGAGUGUUACGUUCUGUACGCCCAGGUAAUGGCCGACCAGGAGAAGUUCCAAGAGGCCGACGAACUGUUCAAACAGGCCAUCCAGGUGGACCCGGACAGGGCCACCGUCUACGUACACAGAGGCCUGCUGCAGCUGCAGUGGAAGGGAGACGUUACCGAGGCCACCAAGCUCAUCUCUCGCUCCCUGGAGCUCGAUGACAAGGGCGAGUUCGCCUACGAGACGCUCGGCACCAUCGAAGUACAACGCGGUAACCUGAGGCGGGCCAUGGAGCUGUUCGACAAGGCCAUUCCGUUCGCCAAGACGGAGGCCGAGUUGUCUCACCUGUUCUCGCUGCGGGACGCCGCCCAGGCACAGGCCGAGGUGGCCCAGCAGCUCGGUAUCAGCGUGCCCACGCCGCCCGGACUGUAGGGGCGCCGAGCGACCGACUCCCGGCGGGGGGUCGAAUCAAGGACCCUCCGGCCCGGACUGUGCUGUACCGGGCAGCCCGCAGGACCGGGCACAGCGGGCAGCCGCCGCGGCCCGUGACCGGACAGUCACCUGACAGUGCGGUGCUGCUCUGCUGGGAAGGAGACAUUGGUUGGAGGGGAGCGGUUACAUCAGGAUUACUCAGAGGAGUAUGUGGAGGGAAAGGUAAACAAUGCAGCGUCAUGCAAUGUAGAGCUUCCGCUUAUGGCGGUCGGUAAUCGGUUCGUUUUUUAUAGCUUUGUAUUUGGUGCUGGUCAUUUCUGAUGCCCCUUACUGGUUACGUGGGCGGAAACUGUUGGUCGGUAUGGUCUAAAACCAAGAAGCAGAAGAGGGACGCUUAAUUUUUAGUUUUGGAUGAAAUUCUCGUACGAUUUUAUCGUAUUGCUCUUGUGAUUUUAUCACCUAAAGGUUCUUGCCGGGUCCAAAGUAAAACUAAACUUGCCACGAAAACUUGUAUUCCCCAGUGAUUGUGAUAUGCCGCUGCUAUUCUUGCUUUGAACGAUACGGGCUCGCGUGCCAUGUUGGUGCAGUAUGUCUCGGGAAUCAGGAUCCGGUCAGUCACUGGCUCCAGCCUCGUGACUUCAUUGCGACAGCAGGGAAUCCCCAUUGGAUGCGGGGCUCAGUCGCGUUGUGCGUAUGCGUGAUGUGUGAUUGGUUCAGCUGUGCGUUCAGGUACGAUCGUCUGCUGUACAGGUCCAGCGGGUGUGGAUGUGGCUUGUUAUAUCCAUCAUAGCGCGACUGAGAUGGUGCUGUUUGUUCGCCUGCCAGCCGACACGUUGCAAUUUCUGCUGUGAUCGCGGUCUUUGCGCCCGACCAACGGUGGACUUCGAUAUAAUCCAAGCUGUGGCAUUAGUUGUCCGUUUUCCAUGGGGUCGCCCAGGCCCGGUUUCCGUAGACAAUAUAUCGAUGAUUCCAUAA